UAAUGCGGGGCGUGUGGCUAGCGCUCACCAUCAGCUUCGUGGCCUGCGCCUCCGGGCAGCCGAGAACAGAUUUGGUCUCUGAUAAGGACUUAUACCUUGACAACAGCUCUGUUGAAGAAGCAUCAGGAGUCUAUCCAAUUGAUGAUGAUGAUUAUUCUUCUGGGUCAGGUUCAGGUGCUGAAGAAGAUGAGGAUAGCUCAGUGAUAACAACAUCCAGAGCACUUCCAAAGUUACCAACAACGAGUGAUGCAUCUAGGGCCGAGACAACCACGGUGAAGAUGCAGACCAAGGUGCCUGCACAAACAAAGACACCUGAAGAAAUUGAUAAAGAGGAAAGAGCUGAGACAAGUGGCAAGAAAAAGAGCGAGGAGCCGGGGGAUGACACCGACGUGUUCACCGAGAAGCACUCAGAAAACCUCUUCCAGAGAACAGAAGUUCUGGCAGCUGUCAUUGCUGGUGGAGUCAUCGGGUUCCUCUUUGCCAUCUUCCUCAUCCUGCUGCUGGUGUACCGCAUGAGGAAGAAGGACGAAGGCAGUUACGACCUCGGGGAGCGGAAACCAUCCUGCGCCGCCUACCAAAAGGCACCCACUAAGGAGUUUUAUGCAUAAAAAUUCCUAUUUUAGUGUCUCUAUUUCUGAGAUCACUGAACUUUCUUUUUUUUUUUCUUCUUUUUUUUUUAAAGCUUUUUGCCUAGAAUAAUGAAGAUUUUUUUUUUUGUUUUGUUUUGUUUGUUUCCACCCUUCCGUUACAGAGCAAAUCCUAUAUGAGCAAAUCCCAUCCUAUUUAAAGCUUUUCCUGCCCUCCCUUCUUGACAAAAGUGUCAAAUUAAACCCUCCCCCCCUUUAACAUUUGCAGUGGUGAGGAACAGUGGCAAAGCAAUUCUUUUGGAAAAACCCACUGAAGCUUUUUUUUUUUUUUUUUAAUAGAAAAAGAAGGAAAAAAAAAUUAAAUUUAUUGCUUUUAUCCUAUGGGGCAAUGAAAAUCGUUUUUCAUUUUUGUCCCCCUCAGAGGUUUAGUUUUUCUUGCAUUAAUUUAUCUCUUUCCAACAAAACAAAACAAAAAUGCCUCCUUUGUUUGUUUUUUUGUUGUUGUUGUUUUUCUUUUCCUUUCCCUAAUUGUCCUGGUGCAAUUUAUCCUCAGCUCAUUCAGCUAACUUUGAGUGUAAAUGGAAUUUGUUGAAUUUGUUUUUUGGUUUUUUUUGUUUUUGGUUUUUUUUUUCCCUUCAGCUCUGUCAACUUUAACCUCCACUUUGUGUAAUUUUCAAGUCUCAGAAAUCUCACUUUGAUGCUUUUGGGUUUUUGGGGUUUGGUUUUUUUUUGUUGUUGCUUUUGUUUUUCAGCCUUUAGCUUGGAGUGAGAUUGGUAACAGCAAAUUUUUCCUGUGUGGUUAAAAAAAAAAAAGAAAAAAAAUCAGAUUAUUGCUACAAACUCCUUUCUUACUAAACAAACCUCCUCCUGAGGAAGAUUUGGGAGUAAGCUACUGAGAAACCUAAGCAAACCCAAAGACUCUUAACAGUAUUUUGGAGAAGUUGCUGCAGCUUUCUAUGGCCACUGUGUUUGGUAAUUAUUUUGCAAGCUGAAGGUACAAG